AUGGAAGAAGGCGGACAAAGAGAUCCUCUUAUUCCACCGGAUGAAGAUGAUGAUGAUGGUGAUGAAAACACAACUCAACCUUUUCAACCUGAUGAUCAUUCAACUCCGGGGCCAUCAAGCGAAGAAAUUCCAAUGACAACAUUCAGCAGAGGUAGAGAGAAAGGUCCUGAAUCAGCUGAAACAUCCUUCAUUGAGGGGCGUACGUGUUCGCGAGUCUUGGAUUUAAAUGAAAAAGCAUGGGAAUCGCUUACUGGGAAUUUUUUCCGAGGCAAAGGCCUCUGAGCUCGAGGCAUCUUAUAGCAAAACAGGAAAGUUGCAGGUGAAGAAGCUUGGUUUUGGCAAGAAAGCUUAUCCUUUGUUUACCUUUGAAAAAAUAAACGGGAAAAAAGGUGGAAUCAAACUCUCACGAAAGAAAUAAAAGAUGCUUUCGGUCCAGAGGGUGAAGUAUUGAUUGCACAAGAGGAUAAAGAAAUCUCAGAGCUACAGAAAUCCAUUCGAGAAGAUAAAGAAUCGCGAACGAUGAAAAUGAACAUCCCUCAGAGAGGGAAAGAGCACGAGAAAGAAUAA